AUGUAUAACAUGAUGGAGACUGAACUGAAGCCCCAAGCUCCCCAGACCAACGGGGGCUCGGGCAACACCAACACGUCCGGCACCGGCCCCAACCAGAAGAACAGCCCGGAGCGAGUCAAGAGACCCAUGAACGCCUUCAUGGUGUGGUCCCGGGGCCAGAGGAGGAAGAUGGCGCAAGAGAACCCCAAAAUGCACAACUCGGAGAUAAGCAAGAGGCUGGGAGCCGAGUGGAAACUGCUGUCCGAGAGCGAGAAGAGACCUUUCAUCGACGAAGCCAAGCGGCUGCGGGCCCUGCACAUGAAGGAGCAUCCGGAUUACAAAUACCGGCCCCGGCGGAAAACCAAGACCCUCAUGAAGAAGGACAAGUACACCUUGCCCGGCGGGCUGCUGUCUCCCGGGGGGAACGGGAUGGGAGCCGGUGUCGGCGUCCGUGGGGGCGGGCUGGGCGGCGGGGUGAACCAGAGGAUGGACAGCUACGCGGCGCACAUGAACGGAUGGACCAACGGGUACGGGAUGAUGCAGGACCAGCUGAGCUACCAGCACCCGGGGCUGAACGCGCACAACCCGGGCCAGAUGCAGUCCAUGCACCGCUACGACAUGAGCGCCCUGCAGUACAACAGCAUGGCCGGCUCCCAGAGCUACAUGAACGGCUCCCCGACCUACUCCAUGUCCUACGCCCAGCAGAGCACGCCGGGGAUGACGGCGCUGGGCUCCAUGGGGCCCUCCUCGGUGGUGAAGUCCGAGUCCAGCAGCUCCAGCCCUCCCGUCGUCACCUCGUCUUCCCACCGGGCCGGUCCGGGCUGCCAAAGCGGAGAUCUGAGGGACAUGAUCAGCAUGUACCUGCCCGGGGCGGAGGUCAGCGAGCAGACCGCCCAGACCAGGCUACACAUGUCCGGGCACUACCAGAGCACCGUGCCCGGGACGACGAUCAACGGCACGCUGCCGUUAACACACAUGUAA